GCGUGAAACCGAGCAGUACGAGUGGGAAACAACAACAAAUGAAUUGCGUUGAUUUUUUCUAUUUUCAUCCAUUUAAAUUCAUUUUUUAAUCGCCUGUAUUGUCCAUGUUGACAAAUAGCAAAAAAGAUCAGGCAUUGCCAAAGACAACUACAUUUCCGGAAGUGCAACCAGUCCGAGUUUACCAGACAAGGAAGCGACAUUUAUUUAGGUUCUUUUUUUAGUCUAGCUUGGCCAACAGCCCUUUUCUUAACUCGGACAUUUUCCUUUAAGUCUUCAUUAUGCCUUUGUUUGCCCAAAACCCGUUUGACCAAGAUGUGGAGAAGGCAACCAAUGAAGCCAACACAGCAGAUGACUGGGGGCUCAUUAUGGACAUCUGUGACAGGAUCGGAAGUACAUCCAAUGGAGCCAAGGAUUGUCUGCAAUCCAUCAUGAAGAGAGUCAACAACAAAGUGCCACAUGUUGCCAUGCAGGCCCUCAAUCUGCUGGGAGCCUGCGCGUCCAACUGUGGCAAAAUAUUUCAUUUGGAAAUCUGCUCCAGGGACUUUGCCAACGAAGUGCGAAGCACUCUCGGCAAGGGCCACCCUAAGGUGUGUGAGCAGCUGAAGGCGCUGAUGGUGGAUUGGGCGGAAGAAUUCCAGAAGGACCCACAGCUCAGCUUGAUGGGCGCCACAAUCAAGUCUCUGAAAGAGGAAGGCAUCACCUUCCCAGCGCCGGGGUCCGGCGUGAAGGUCAGCGCUUCUGCCGUGAGCAAAGCCUCGGACGAUGACGACCUGGCCAAAGCCAUUGAGCUGUCCUUGCAGGAGCAGAAGCAGCAGACCGAUGCGCGACCUUCGGCGCUGACAUCUGACGCCCCGAGCUACGCCGGUAGCCAGGAAGCGCGCAAGGUGUGUGCGCUGUAUGACUUUGAGGCGGCCGAGGACAACGAGCUGACCUUCAAAGCCGGCGAGGUCAUCCUGGUGCUGGAUGACAGCGAUCCAAAUUGGUGGAAAGGAGAGAACCAUGGGAGGGUUGGCCUGUUCCCUUCCAACUUUGUGACCACCAACGUCAACAGUGAACCAGAAACAGGUGUUCCUCCCACAGUGACAUCAGUGGAAAAGGUCAGUGCGGAGGAGCCAAGCUUUGAAGCCAAAAUUGAACCCGAGCUCCUCUUCAUUGAUGAGGGGAAGAUGGACAGAACCUUGUUGCUGCUGCAGAAUGCAGACCCAGCAGAUCCCAGUCCAGACCCCUCGGAACUGAUCCAGCUGGAGGGCGUGUGUGAGCAGAUGAACCCCAUGAUUGACGAGAAGCUGCAGGAGAUUGACAGGAAACACUCCGAAUUGUCGGAGCUCAACGUGAAGGUACUGGAAGCUUUGGAGUUUUACACCAAGCUCAUGAACGACGCGCCGCUCUACCAGGCCUACUCCAAGAUGGCCCAGUAUGGACCUGCUCCCCCUCCAGCUGCCAUGCAGGGCUACCUGGGCCAAGCCGCCGCCCCCUCCUACCUGACCCCCACGAUGCCCUACAGUCUGCCCAGCGACCAGCAGGGGCAAAUGCGUUCCCUCGGCCCCGCCCUCUCGGCCUCGCCCACCUACAUGAGCAGCAACACACAUCACUACAUGACCCAAGCGCCUUACGCGCCACAGAUGGGCAGGGACAUGUCCACUUAUCACAGCUCAGGAGUGCCACCCAUGUCCUACCCUGCACCUGCUGCCCCCCAACAGCAACAACAACAGCAACAACAGCAGCAGCAGCAGCAGGGGGUGUACUAUCGGCAGCCCCUCCUCUAAACACGUGUGUGUGUGUGUGUGUGUGUGUGUGUGUGUUUGUCAAUAUUCUGGUCGACAGCGAGCAUGGCGGCGGUCCUCGCCAACUUCACAACCAUUUCCACACUUGCUUUUGGGCCUUUUGGUCAACACAUCCAUGGGAAUGACUCCAGAGAUGCUGACAGCAUGAAACACAUCAAAAAAUGUCUCACCAUCGUCCCAGCUCAUGACUUUCUGGUGAAAAUUACCCCUCCCCUCCCCCGACACGGCCACUGCCCAGUGUGUGGGUUGUCAUUUUGGUUGGGUUUUUUUGUGUGUUUUUCACUUUUAAUGUCAAACAGUCGUGUUUUUAAGUGUCCAAUCUUUUGAGAUCUUCAUGACUCACAGCUAUGUUAGCGUCCAUCACUGGCCGCUUCCUCUACCAAGACUCCCAUUGAAACAAAACAAUCGUUACGUCUUCCCAUCUUUCCUCUUUGGGCCGGAAUCCAAAUAGGUUGUACGCUAACCUUUCCUUGCAUUCACAUUUCGUCAUGAAGACUUUGAAAUGACUACACAGUAAUACUUCAUGGCCUUUGUAUGUUUAAUGUAUAUUUCUAUGUACAGUUGCACCUUAGCUUUGUAAACGUGAUGAUUUAUUGUUCAUAUUUACCACUGGAUGCCUUGUUGACCGGUAGGAACACAAGAGUGACACAGGUGAGCUGCUUGUGUACAUGAAUAAUACAUGUAUAUAUAAAUACAGUAUAUAUAUAUUCCAGGAAAGUGCUCUUGAUGCAGGAGUUCAGGUGGUUUUUGUAACAGAGCCAACUUUAGAUAAUGGUCUUUGAAAUAAAAGCAAAAGCAGUCAGUAAAAGUUUCAUUUUCAGGAGGUGUUGUGGAGCACGAGAUGGCAGCUAAUCUGUCAUAUUCCACCACGCUGCAUCAUUUAUUCAUCCACUCUGACCUUUUUAUAGAUCCUGCUGCUCUUUUCCUUCCCAAGACCACGCCAUGGGGCUCCACGGAGUGCUCAAAGGUUUGCAUCCAUUCCUCCCAGCAGAGCAGAACACUUAUUUAAGUCUAUUGCCUUUACAUGGUGUAAUUUUGAAAGAGG